AUGGGAGUGAUAGGUGAUUUUUUUAAUUCUAUAAAAGAAGCAUUUAAUACAGUGGUGUUUCUAAUUUUUAUAAUAAUACUGUUAUCCAUUCUACUUAUUUUUAUGGUUAGUACUAAACAAAGUACUGUUAUAAUAGACCAUAAUGAAUUUUCAGCUGAAGAUCUUCAAAUGUUAAAACAAAUUAAAGAAGAGAGGUUGAAAAAGGAAAUAGAAGCACAAAAUAAUAAAUAA